AUGUCUACUCCCCCAUCACUCACAUCUCUUGCAAACAGAACCAUGGAUCAGGACAACCCCUACAAUCUUGAAAACUUCCAUGACCACAAUUAUCAAUCACUCUCCGACGUGCAAUCCCUUUCUACAUCAGUUACCGGCAACCAGACUUUUGACGCCGCCUCUCAACUUCCGUCGUUUCAAGCUUUGGCCCGUCACCAAGAAAACUCGCAAAAGCACAUGGACACCGUCACUGAAUACGAUCUUUAUGGUCAACCACCGUCCAUUGGAUCGAUAGAGAACCCCUGCCAGACUUCCCAACCCACUGCUGACGGCAUUUAUGAGGGUUAUGAUUUGCCACCUUCAAAAACUGAUAUACGUCCGGUGGGGUCAUCUGUAACCGGGACUACCACCGCUGAUCAAAUUGGUGCUCCACAACCGUUUGGCCAAAUGACCGGUAGCCCACGUGAUCUUCUCCUUAACAUAAAGCGGCACAUAACCACCACCACCACAAUCUGCCAUCACCACCACCAUCUACCACACACCACCACCACCAUUUGCCACACACAAACUACCACAGCCACUGUUCAUCAUCCAUUUCCACCUAACGUCACCCUUAUCCCUCCAUCACAACAACCCUUCACUACCAUUAACCCACCUUUACCAUACACAAUCCACCAGAAGCCAUCUUUUUCUUCACACCAAAACCCCACCAUUAACCUAUAUCUAUUUAUACCGUGA